AAACACACGAACACCAAGACAAGAAACCUUUUCGUAACGAACAUUUAACGACGAACGCCUUCGUUGUCCCGUCCUUAAAAGAGCCAUUCGCCUUUCUUCCCAAAUCUUGACUCUCUCCCAUGAGAAAGUUCCUGACAAGAAGGCUGAUUAUCGCAUCAAGAAAGCCUAUUCUAAGCCCCUUUUGAUAUGCUCUGCACGUAGUUAUAGCAACAAUAACGACAGUUUUUCUUUUGUUAUUUUAUUCUGUGCAAGACGCUUUCAGAUUUGAAUGUUUCCUUGCCUGAAGAGCGCUUCGCCUGUUCUCUCCAUAUAAAAAAAACCUGGGUUUCUUCUCGAACGGAGGAGCUGGCGAGGACUCGUCGAGCUCUCGCCUCGAUCCAUCGCGACCCGCUUCAUCGGUUUUGACGAGAUCCGGCGCGCACGCCCUCGAUGACCGCCAUGGCGACCCGAAGCUGCUGUGGUGUCUCGCCGUUCUUGAGUGGUUGUGGCUCAUGCAAGACCUGUGGCUACGAGGUAAUGAAAGAAUCCGAGAUGUCAAUGCAUAGAAAGGGCGAAGGCUCGAAAUUCGCUAGCUCACACGGAUGCAGAGACGACCUUCUGGCAAUGGAGCUCCAGAGAAAGAUCUCCAUCUUUCGUGAUCUCAUUGACUUACCGCCUUGUCGCAGUUCUAUCUCAGUCGACGAGCUGGUAAUAGAGACAAUGGAAGAUCUCCAAAAGCUUUACCCUGAAAUCAUACCAAAGAUGCAAGUCGCGGAAAUGAAGACAGCAGCAAUCAAUCAGGGAUUGAGUUACUUUUGCACUGCUUUAAAAUCUAUUGGAGAUUCAUGGAAGAUGAACAAUGCCUGGAUCGAUAAGAACACCAUUGAAGAGAUUGCUAAUAUGGAGCGCAACAAUUUGGAGAAAAUCGUGGGAAUAGUACUGGCAAUACUAGAAGGCCUGAUAAAACUAGUGAGAGAGAAAUUCGACCUGAUGGAUGAAGACAAUGAGGACGAAGAUCACCGCCAGUUCGAGAAGAACUUCACGGGGAGUCCCGACAACCAAAGCCCCUAUGGCUCGCCAGUCAGUCCGACUUCGGUCCUUCCAGAACAGCUCAAGGUCACGAAAUUCGCAGAGGUCUCCUACACGCCGCCACUGCUCUUUCCUCUCCGCGUUAGGGCUGUGGGGAAAUUGAACCCGAUCGACGUGAAGCGCCUUUCGCUAUACAUGUUUCCUAAUGUUACAGCACAAACCGGCGGUUCUCCAAUUGCAACUUGUGAGAAAAAAGAGGAAGCUAGCAACACUGACGAUGUGAAACAAAAACUUGCAAAAGAGGAGGUUUUGCAAGAAACAGUACAGCCACUUAAGGUGUUGUCCAGUGGAUUGCCAUCGCCUAUGUUGCCACCUCCGCCGCCACCGCCGCCACUGCCUUGCAGGAUCUCACCAAUAGAGGAGGCUGUGCAAGAAACAGUACAGCCACUUGAGGUGUUGUCCAGUGGAUUGCCAUCGCCUAUGUUGCCACCUCCGCCACCACCGCCGCCGCUGCCUUGCAGGAUCUCACUAAUAGAGGAGGCUGUGCAAGAAACAGUACAGCCACUUAAGGUGUUGUACAGUGGAUUGCCAUCGCCUAUGUUGCCACCUCCGCCGCCGCCGCUGCCUUGCAGGAUCUCACCAAUGGAAGUCCAGCCAAACAUUGGAGCACCAGCACCCCCACCGCCUCCACCACCUCUACCUUCUUCAUCAGUCAACUCAUCAAAUGUUACAGUUCAGUACCUGCCGCCUCCCCCACCGCCGCCACCAGCACCAAAGAUGCAAGGGAACAUCGCGGUGCCUCCUCCACCACCUCCGCUUCAGACACCUUCAAAAGGAUCCACACCUCCACCAUUACCUCCCCCGCCAUUUGGAAAAGGAGGAGCUGCUCCACCGCCCCCUCCUCCACUCAGCGCGACCAGAUCCUUGCGCCCCAAGAAAUCCAGCACAAAGCUGAAAAGAUCGACCCAAAUCGGCAAUUUAUAUCGGCUGCUCAAGGGAAAGGUUGAAGGGUCGAGCCUAAAAGGUAGAUGCGCUGAUGGGAGGAAAAGCAAGGCCGGUGCCUCGUGUGGUGGAAAACAAGGAAUGGCUGAUGCACUAGCGGAAAUGACAAAGAGAUCGGCAUACUUCCAACAAAUCGAGGAAGACGUCCAAAACUAUGCAACAAUUUUAAAGGAGUUAAAGAGUACCAUCACUUCUUUCAAAACCAAGGACAUGGCUGAGCUGCUCAAGUUCCACAAUCAUGUCGAGUCUCACCUCGAAAAGUUGACUGAUGAAACACAGGUCUUGGCGAGGUUCGAAGGAUUCCCCACAAAGAAGUUGGAAGCAUUACGAACAGCCGCGGCACUGUACUUGAAGUUAAACUCUAUUAUCGUCGAGUUGCACAACUAUAAAAUCAUGCCUCCCUUGGGGCAGCUCCUCGACAAGGUCGAAUGCUACUUCAACAAGAUCAAAGGAGAACUCGACAAACUCGAACGAACAAAAGAGGAAGAAGCCAAGAAGUUCUCAACCUAUGACAUCCAGUUCGACUUCGAUACACUUGUAAGGAUCAAGGAAGCAAUGGUGGAUGUAUCUUCCAGCUGCAUGGAACUGGCACUUAAGGAGAAGAGGGACGCCAAGGCGAAUGAGGGUUUAAAUGCUGGAACAAAAGCGGAUAAACGAGCACAGGGAUGCACAAAAAUGCUCUGGAGGGCUUUUCAGUUCGCAUUCCGGGUGUACACAUUUGCUGGUGGCCACGACGACCGUGCCGACAAGCUCACUAGAGAGCUGGCUCAUGAGAUCGAGUCUGAUCCGCAGCACCAGUAAAUCCGUUUCUGCAGUCUAUAUUUAUAUAACCAAGAUGGGCACUGCAUUGAACCCAUUAAAUGACAAGUUUGAGGCUAUUCGGUAUAUCUUAUUGGAGAGUCUUUUUUUG